UGUUUAGGCCGGUGUGGUACCGGUAAGUGGUUUUCCCCUCAGCCUAGAGCGAGUUUGCUCUGCCCUGUGGCUAAACCCUUUGUUAGAUCAAUUUCUUUCAGUUCCGUCUCAUAAAAUCUUGUUUCCUUUGUUUCGCCCCUACUUAGCUCCCUACGUCACUCAUGCAUCUAUUGGAUUAGCCUUCUUUCACUCAGUUUUAGAAAAAUGAAGAAACCCAUUAACUCAAUUGCCACUUCAAGCAAAACCUACUUUGAGGAACGCGGAGAAGAAGAAGAGAUUGAAUCUUCGGAAGAAGAGGAAUCUGAUGAUUACAUUGAUUCUGAUGAAGAGGUAGAGAUAGAGCAGGAAUUAGCAGAAGUUACAUUUGAAGAGCUGCAAAAAGCACGUGCCGAUGGUACUGAGUCAGUUUCUCGAAAACACCAUUCAGAGAACAAGCAUCGCCGCGCUAACAAGAAUAGGCCAGUGGAGCUUAGUAGCAAGAAACCAAUGAGGUCAUUUAGACAGGCUAUUCAAGCACCCAAAAAGGUGGUACGUGACCCUCGUUUUGAAUCUUUAUGUGGUAAACUUGAUGCUGAGGGGUUCAGAAAGAGAUAUAAUUUUCUGUUUGAGAACAACCUACCGGCUGAAAGAGAGGAGGCGCAGAAACGACUUAAAAAGGCCAAAGACCCAAAAGUCAUUGGUGAACUGAAGAACAGUAUUUCUUGGAUCGACAAGCAAAUAAAGUUUGAGUCAGCAAAGCAUACUGAUGCAAAGAUUCUGGCUGAGCACAAGAAGAAAGAAAGAGAAGCAGCAAAGCUCGGGAAGCGCCCCUUCUAUCUUAAGAAAUCUGAAAUUCGGAAGCAAAGGCUUAUUGAGAAGUAUAAAAAACUCAAGGCAUCCGGCAAACUUGAAUCGUUCAUUGAGAAAAGGCGAAGGAAGAAUGCUGCUAAGGAUCACAGAUUCAUGCCCUAUCGUCGGCCCAAUAAUAGUGAGCAACAAGGUUAACGAUCCCACAAGGUUUUGGUGGCUUGAGAGCUGUAUAUACAUGUUCUUCCAUCUCGCAUGUUAAGGCAUGCAUGCCCUCUGUGUGUGUUGCUUCAAAUGAGAUCUAAGUUUUAAGCGGCACUGAGUUAAGAUAGGCAACGUUUUCGUUCUCACUAUUAGAGAUUUGUUUUAGGCAACGGAUAUGAUUGAAUUAUUAGCUAUUUGUAUCUGGUCAUGUAUUCUUAGACAAAAACAGCAGUUUGGGGCAAGGUUUUUUUUUUCUUUAGCAAUUUUCCAACAUUUUAUCAAUUUUGUAGUUUCUUUCUGAUUAUGAGAUAGUAAAAAUACUAUAAUAUCAGUAUAGACCACACUUUUCCUUUA